AUGACUGCGGAAGUGCAAAGCAAGUCCAAGAUGUCGCACCUAACAUCGGACAAACAGUUAACUUUCAUAAAGUUAGCGGUUUUAUCGAUGGCAGCGAUUCUGUCAUUUGCAACACGUCUAUUCUCAGUGCUUCGAUUUGAGAGUGUAAUUCACGAGUUCGAUCCAUAUUUCAACUACAGAACAACAAGAUUCCUCACGGAGGAAGGUUUUUAUAAGUUCCACAAUUGGUUUGACGACAGAGCAUGGUAUCCCCUGGGACGUAUUAUUGGUGGUACCAUCUACCCUGGGCUGAUGGUGACCUCCGCAACAUUGUAUAACAUCAUGCAGUUCCUGAACAUCACAAUAGACAUAAGAAAUGUCUGUGUAUUCUUGGCUCCUUUCUUCUCCUCUCUAACUACCAUUGUUACUUACCUCCUUACAAAAGAAUUGAAGGAUGAAGGCGCUGGACUGGUUGCCGCCGCAAUGAUAUCCAUUGUGCCUGGAUACAUAAGCAGAUCUGUUGCUGGAAGCUACGACAACGAGGGCAUCGCUAUUUUCUGCAUGUUGCUCACUUACUACUUCUGGAUCAAGGCUGUCAACACCGGCACUAUACUGUGGGCCACUAUGACUGCGCUUGCUUACUUUUACAUGGUAUCGUCUUGGGGUGGAUAUGUGUUCCUGAUCAACCUGAUCCCGCUCCACGUGCUGGCGCUAAUGCUGCUGGGUCGGUUCUCGGCGCGAGUCUACGUCGCGUACUCGACUCUGUACUGCGUCGGCACCAUCCUUUCCAUGCAGAUCUCGUUCGUCGGGUUCCAGCCAGUGCAGAGCUCUGAACAUAUGUUGGCGCUAGGCACGUUCGGCCUGUGCCAGCUGUACGCGUUCACGCAGUACCUGCGCGCGCGCCUCUCGCCCGCCAACUUCGAGCUGUUAUUCAAGGCGCUGCUCACCACCCUACUCGGGACCCUCGGCACCGCCAUCGUCGCACUCACCAUCACCGGUAAAAUUUCUCCAUGGACCGGCAGAUUCUACUCUUUGCUGGACCCGUCAUACGCUAAGAAUCACAUUCCGAUUAUCGCUUCCGUGUCGGAGCACCAGCCGACGUCGUGGUCGUCAUUCUACUUCGACCUGCAGGUGCUGGUGUUCCUGUUCCCCGCCGGGCUGUACUUUUGCUUCAGCAAGCUCACCGACGCCAACAUCUUCAUCAUACUGUACGGUGUACUCAGCAUUUACUUCGCGGGCGUGAUGGUCCGUCUCAUGCUGGUGUUGGCGCCUGUGAUGUGCAUCGUGUCUGGAGUCGCCGCAUCCAGCCUGCUCAGUGUACAUGUCAAAGAUAUUGACCCCAAGGUCGAGAAGCACGGGAAGAAGAAUAAACACGAGAACAACUUUAGCUUCCAGUCUGAGGUGGGCGCGCUGUUCGUGACGCUGCUGGCGGCGCUGCUGGUGUCGUACGUGCUGCACUGCACGUGGGUCACGUCCGAGGCGUACUCCUCGCCCUCCAUUGUGCUCUCUGCGCGGGCGCAUGACGGUGCGCGCAUCAUCUUCGACGACUUCCGCGAGGCAUACACUUGGCUCAAGAUGAACACGCCCGAGGAUGCAAAAGUGAUGUCAUGGUGGGACUAUGGGUAUCAGAUAACGGCCAUGGCGAAUCGAACGGUGAUAGUGGACAAUAACACGUGGAACAAUACGCACAUAUCGCGCGUUGGGCAGGCCAUGGCUUCCACAGAGGAGCGAGCCUACGAGAUCAUGCAGGAACUGGACGUGGAUUACGUGCUGGUCAUAUUCGGCGGGCUGGUGGGAUACUCUUCCGACGACAUCAACAAGUUCUUGUGGAUGGUGCGUAUCGGCGGCAGCACGGAGCGCGGCGCCCACAUCCGCGAGGCGGAUUACUACACGCCCGCCGGCGAGUUCCGCGUCGACCAGGACGGCUCCAACACGCUGCUCAACUGCCUCAUGUACAAGAUGAGCUACUACAAGUUUGGACUCGUCUACACUGAAGGAGGACGUCCCCCCGGCUUCGACCGCGUGCGCGGAGCCGAGAUCGGAAACAAAGACUUCAACCUAGACGUAUUAGAAGAGGCGUACACCACCGAGCACUGGCUCGUGCGCAUAUACAAGGUGAAACCGUUGCCCAACCGGGGCGUUUGAACUAUCCCGAAUAUGUCUGAAAUCGUGUAAAAAGGAGGGACAGCCGCUCGCGUGAGUCAAACAUAGUCUGCAAAAAAAUAUUUAUGUAGUAGCCAUAGCCAUAUUUAUAAAUAUAAACUCACUUAUUUGACGACAUAAUACUGAAUGAAAUCAAAUUAAACAAUAUUUUAAUAUCGAGGAAAGUGUUAAACAUUUCAUCUGAAUAUGUAUUAAUGCCAUGACUAAAUACACAAAAGUAAAGUGCUAAGUCACAUCAUUACUUAAUUAUUUAGUGAUAUGAUAGGCCUUGUCGCAUAUUUUAUAACUAUUUCUUCCAAUUACAUUGAGCAUCCAAAUUAUUUAAUUUCCAUUUUGUAAUUUUUGUGUAGUGUGGUUACAUCCAUUGACAGUAUAUCAAAAAUAAUUUUAUAGGCAUAGUAUGUUUGCCUCAUGUGAAAGAUUUAAUAGCACAGAGAGCUAUCUUUGGACAAGUUAAGGAUCUUUGUAACAUAUUACAACUAUUUGAGAAUAAAUUAGUACUAUGUUGAAAGGACUCACAAUGGAAACAUUUUUGAGCUUCAUACAAUUUUCAUUAGACAAUAGGAAAGUAUGAACUUUCCCAUCUAGGUUUUAUUAAUCGAAAAUACGUAGUACCUGUAUCAUCAGUAAACUAGCCGUUAAAGUGUUCGUCUAUAUUUGCUAUCAGCCUUUUUACAAUAAAGUUCUAUAGGGCGCUUAGUCCUGUCGACUUUAAAAACACUGUGUGUCAGUGAAAAUUAUGUUUGGAAAACACUGCCCUUACAUUCAUAUAAUGUCAUUUCGCCAUGCGAAAAGCAUGUAAAUACAAUAUAGUACUAAAAUUAACAAAUAGUUUUGAUAAUUUACAGAUGAUAAUAUUUUUAUAAAAUGAUGUAUGUGUUGGAAUGGAAUAAAUUAUUUUAACGUUGUGUGCGUGUCACAACAAAUGCUGUUUUGUAUAGAGUGCAAUUGUGUGGAAUUCUGUAAUGAGCUGUUUUGUUCAUAAUGUUUUUAGAUUACCCAGGUGUGUUAGGUCCGAACAAGUUAUUAUGGAAUAUUUUCAUUAAAUCUUUCAAACAGCGUAAACGAACUUUUAUUCCAUGUUUUAAUACAAACUUUUAUAUUAAUCCAUGAUAGUUUUGAUUCCACACCUCUUUUGGACAUUUUACAUAAAAUCAGAUAAGUUUAUAAAUUGUAAGAUUAAUUUAAAUUGUCUAUUAUUUUAAAAUAUUGUUUAAGACAAGUACCAACGUAAAUCUGAUUUUAGUGUUGUAACCUAUUAAUCUCCUAGGUGCCUUGAAAAUGAUGGAUGGUGAAAGUAGGGCAGAGAGUACUCAGUGAAAAAAAAAAUUACCAAUUAGUCACAAUAUUUUUAUGUGUUUGCAAUGGAGUAAUUGUUAUUUUUGCAUAGUAGCUGACAAUAACACUUGCCAAGUUCUUCCUCUAGUCUUGAAUAAUAUGGCAAUAGAGAUGUCCUUAUGCUAUUAAAACAACUAUACUAAUGCCAAUGACAAAUGUUUUUGAAAUAACACCUAACAACCCAGGUAUCAAAUAGAUUCUCAGAAUGGACUUAUUCCAGUAAUAAAGACCCACACUAUCAUGAACACUGUCUCAUCCAAUCAAAAAUCAUUUUUUUAAACUUGAAUGCCAAGCUUGUUUGUUAUUUGUUAAUAAAAAUGAAUGUAAUGAUCUCUGUCGUCGGUUACCAGCACACGUUAUUUCUCCAUUUUAUAAUGUUAAAGUCUAAAAAUGAAAUAAUUAAAAUAUAAAUUAUAGACUGAAGGGCUUAUUCAUUGCAUAGUUUCUAAAAUUAGAAAUUAGAGUAGAUGUUAACUAGUGGCAGUACACUUAAUAUAUCUACCUCUGCUAAUUAGGAGAAAUGUACGUUAAACGCACAAUCGUUCUUGUACUAGGGACUAAAGAACUGCAAUAAACGCGACUUUGAUCUGUUAUUGUCGGUGUGAAAAAUUAAAUGAUGUAUAAAUUCCUUUUUUUUUAUUUUAUUUUAAAUAAAGUUUAAUAAUACA